AUGGCGUUGGUUUUUGACCCCGUCUCUUCGAUUUUGGGUUUUCACUACAGCAAACUGAAGACAAUGUCAGCAAUGUCGACUGUAAUAUCUUAUUUUGACGAUGGGCGUGAUAAUCCAGAAGUGAUUGAUCCUCCUCAAAUUGAAGAUGCAAUGGAUGUGACUGAACAUGAACAUGUUCAUGACACUUCUCAAAUUGCUUUAAAGCCCAAUGUACUUGCCACAAGCAGUGUUCGUGAUUUAUUGGAGUGUCCUGUUUGCUUGAAUGCCAUGUACCCUCCUAUCCAUCAGUGUUCAAAUGGUCACACGUUAUGUUCCGGAUGCAAACCUCAUGUGCACAACCGUUGUCCAACAUGUCGGCAUGAACUAGGAAACAUUAGGUGUUUAGCACUUGAAAAGGUGGCUGCAUCACUUGAACUUCCUUGUAAAUAUCAAAGUUACGGGUGUGUUGGGAUUUACCCGUAUUAUAGCAAAUUAAAACACGAAUCCCAAUGUGUUUUUAGACCUUAUAAUUGUCCCUAUGCGGGGUCCGAAUGCACAGUUAUUGGUGAUAUUCCUCAUCUUGUUAACCAUUUAAAAGAUGGACAUAAAGUUGAUAUGCAUAAUGGAAGUACUUUUAAUCAUCGUUAUGUUAAGUCAAAUCCUCAUGAGGUCGAGAAUGCAACUUGGAUGCUUACGGUAUUUAGUUGCUUUGGGCAGUACUUUUGUCUCCAUUUUGAGGCGUUCCAGCUAGGCAUGGCACCUGUUUACAUCGCGUUUUUGAGAUUCAUGGGAGAUGAUGACGAGGCAAAGAAUUACAGUUACAGCCUGGAAGUUGGAGGGAACGGGAGGAAGAUGACGUGGCAGGGAGUGCCAAGAAGCAUAAGAGAUAGUCACAGGAAAGUUCGUGAUAGUUUUGAUGGUUUGAUUAUUCAAAGAAAUAUGGGGCUUUUUUUCUCAGGUGGAGAUAGGAAGGAGUUGAAGCUUAGAGUGACAGGUAGGAUUUGGAAAGAGCAGUAAAAAUUUGUUUGUUGUUAGCGGUUUGUUGUAAUGUAAGCAAAGUCUCUUUGCUUGUAGUUGUAUUUGCAUAUUUAUGGUAUGUAAGUUAAAGGGAAAUUAAGUUUUGAAAUAUGGGAAUUAGGAUUAAACUUAGUUGGGUGAUGUGAACCUUUAAAUGGUAA